AUGGCCGGCUACGCCGUGGGCGCCCAGGUGCAGCUGGAGCUGGUGCUGCCAGGCGGCGGUGGCCUGCAGACGACAGAGGGCACCGUGUAUGCCUACGACGCCGCCACCGACCGCUUGGUGUUGCGGCAACCGGGCUCCACGCCCUUCCACAGCACCCUGAGGGUUCUCAAGGGCGCGCACGUCACGCGCAUCGUGCAACUUAAGCCAACGAUGGCCGUCCUGGAGCCGCUGCCGGCGGUCGACUUGGGCCGGUGCCGGGAGCGGGAGGACAAGGCGGUGCGGGCAGCAGAGUCGGAGGCAGCAAAGAUUGGCGUGAACGUCAGCCGGCAGGCACAGGCCAUCUUCGAUGCGCUGGCCAAGACGCUGCCCUGCCGCUGGGACGGUGACCGGAUAGUGGUGUUGGAUGAGAUUGUGGUGGCCCCACCCUACGAGACCUGCACAUCGCUGCACAAUGACGAUGCAGGAGUGAUGCGUGUCAGCAAAGUGCUGGAUGCGGAGCGGUUACGGUUGCAAGCGGGGUGA